GGGAACCCGGGGCCGCGGUGCUGCUUGGGUAGCAUCUUUGGUUACUGUUGCUAGGGCAGCGGUGUCUGCGGGAGGUGGGAAUAGGAAGUUUUAGGUGGUCCGGACUCGGAAAGGUCAAGGGUCAGUGCGGAGUCUCCGCUGGUGAUGGUGAAGCAGACGAUCCAGAUUUUCGCUAGGGUGAAGCCCACCGUGCGGAAGCAGCAGCAAGGGAUUUACUCCAUAGAUGAAGAUGAAAAAUUAACGCAUAGCUUGGAAAUUGUCUUACCCCGAGACCUGGCAGAUGGAUUCGUAAACAACAAACGAGAAAGCUACAAGUUUAAGUUUCAAAGGAUUUUUGACCAAGAGGCUAAGCAAGAGAUCAUUUUCGAGAUCAUUGCCAAACCAGUCGCCGAGAGUACCUUGGCAGGUUACAAUGGCACCAUCUUCGCAUAUGGGCAGACGGGCAGUGGCAAGACAUUCACCAUCACAGGCGGGGCAGAGCGCUACAGUGACAGAGGCAUCAUCCCAAGGACCCUGUCGUACAUUUUUGAGCAGUUGCAAAAGGACAGCAGCAAGAUCUACACGACACACAUUUCUUACUUGGAAAUCUACAACGAAUGUGGCUAUGACCUGCUGGAUCCCAGACACGAAGCCUCCAAACUGGAAGAUCUGCCGAAAGUGACAAUAUUGGAGGACCCUGAUCAGAACAUUCACCUGAAAAACCUGUCUCUGCAUCAGGCAACAACUGAGGAGGAAGCUCUGAACCUGCUCUUCUUGGGGGACACCAACAGGAUGAUCGCUGAGACUCCUAUGAAUCAAGCUUCAACCCGGUCACACUGUAUUUUCACUGUGCACUUGAGCAGCAAGGAGCCAGGUUCUGCCACCGUCCGACAUGCUAAGCUCCAUCUGGUUGACCUGGCAGGGUCAGAGCGUGUCUCGAAGACUGGAGUCGGGGGCCUGCUUCUGACAGAGGCCAAAUACAUCAACUUGUCCCUACACUACCUGGAGCAGGUCAUCAUUGCCCUUUCGGAAAAACACCGUACACACAUCCCUUACAGGAACUCCAUGAUGACCAGCGUGCUCAGAGACAGUCUGGGAGGGAACUGCAUGACCACCAUGAUUGCAACCCUGUCUUUGGAGAAGAGGAACAUUGAUGAGUCUAUCUCCACCUGCAGAUUUGCUCAGCGAGUGGCCCUAAUUAAAAACGAAGCCAUUCUCAACGAAGAGAUUGAUCCCAGGCUGAUGAUUGUUCGCUUGCAAAAGGAGAUUGAAGACUUGAAGGCAGAGUUGGCCAUGGCCACAGGAGAGCAGAGGACAGAGGCCCUCACGGAAGCAGAGCUCCUUCAGUUGGAAAAACUAAUAGCAUCCUAUUUGGAAGACCAAGAUCCAGAGAGUCGACUGGAAGUUGGCGCUGAUAUGCGUAAAAUCCAUCACUGUUUUCAUCAUUUUAAGAAGCUGUUGAAUGACAAGAAGACCCUAGAGAAUACUGUCUCCUCUGAAAGCACACGGCAAGCAUGCCAAGAACCAUUGAGAGAUGAAGAAUAUACAAAGCUCCUAGGUCUUCUCAAGCAGAGGGACAACGAGAUCAAUAUCCUGGUCAAUAUGUUAAAAAAGGAAAAGAAGAAAACUCAGGAUGCCCUCCAGAAUUCAAGCCUAGAGAAAAGCGAUACCAGGCCACCUCAGAACUCGCCCUUCAUCGCUGGGAGCCCAGCGGUCCCAAGGACCCCAUUCUCCUCAGCCCCGAGCCACACCCAGGACCUCAGCAUCUGCAGGCACAGAUCCAGCUUGCUCCACAAAAAAACAGGGAUGAGAGAGGAGAUGUCACUGGGACGCCAGGAGGCUUUUGAGAUUUUCAAGAGGGACCACGCUGACAGUGUCACCAUCGAGGACAACAAACAGGUUCUGAAGCAGAGAUUUUCUGAAGCAAAAGCUCUGGGAGAAAGUAUAAAUGAAGCAAGAAGUAAAAUUGGAAAACACUUUCAGGUCGUUCGGGAGAAGGCAGAUGCAUUUUAAUCUCGUCGUAACAGCCUUGACCUGAUAAUUUCCAUUCUUGUAUCUCAAAAAUAACUUUGCCAGCAGACACCAUCAUCUAGAUAUCAGGAAAAAAAAGCCCGCAGUACAGUGUCAACUCCAUGUCAAGCAGGCAGCUCACGGAUGCCAUGGGGACAGUGGCUUGCCCGAGUGGGUGGUCCCCCUGGGCUCAGCACUCUUCUAAGGGAUAUGAACUAUUUUUAAAUGCCAUCUCCAGCCUGGCUCAGCUCUCUGAUUGUCCCAGGAAGAGUUAGUGGAAUGUCAUCUCUGUGGAUGGCAGGGGUAUUCCACUGUCUUCUGUUGACUGGAAGGGGGAUGACAGGCAGAAAUGGAAAGGGCCAUAAUGAUGCUCAUUUGCUGCGUGCAGCAGAGGACUUGCUGGGUCCCUUCUUGACCACCCUGAAAACUAAUGAGUGGUCUGCUGAAGGUCACCCAAUAGCAUUCAGAAGAGAAAACACACAAGGCUGAGAUACCUACUGCUCUCCUCACAAGGCAGCCAAUCCACUCACGGUGGAAACAGCCUCGGUUCGAGACCUCCCUCCCUUAGUCACAUGACCCUCUAGGCCAGAUCCGUUCUCUAAUCCGGUGUCUACGUCACAGCUUACCGAAGCCUGCAAAGAAUAUCACAAGUCACUAGGCACUCCCCUCCCAAGUAGAUGUCUGCUGUUGAACUUCAUCUAAAAAGCAGAGAUGCUGUCACACAGACCGACCUACAAGCAACCAGCAUCACUAAUCAGGCAUCCAGGGACAAAGCCCAGCCCGGUCCAUUUGUGUAGGAAAAAUAGUAAAAGCCCCAGGCAGCUCCCAGAGUGAGGCUUGCAGGGUGGCCAGAGGCAAAAGAGCUCAGGAGUACCAUGGUGAAGACGUCCUGAAGUCUGGGACUGUCUGGAACUCUGUGGAGUAAAAUAAGACUGCCACCACCACAUGCCUUGGGACAGACUUUGGGCUAGAGUCAGAAUGACCACGUCGCAGCUACAGUCCUGCUGGCUGACUUCAAGAGAGCUCCCAUGCGUCUCUGCGUACAGGCAGUGCUGCCGAGACAGAGAAGGGGCUUGGCCCGCCCCGUAGUCUGCAGCCACAGAGGAGUGGAGCCAGCACCUUGCACCCCUUUUCUCCUGGGCUCCAAGAUUAGUGUUCAGUCGGAAAGCAGGAAACCUCACAACCCAACUGGGAAGCAAGCACAGAAACACUACUGUCGUGCUGCCGUGUGCGGUAUCUUCUCCAAGUUCAAGUCGGUAAGGAAAGGAAAGGAGCCCCUGAGAAUGAAGAGCCUUCCCCAACUUUCCUAGCUGGAGGAUAAUAAAGGAAGAUAGCAAGGCAGAGCCACCACAGGGAAGGUCUGCUGUGCUAGAUGCUCUCCCCUCUGCCCUGGGGUUCAGAAGGCUAGAGAUGCCUUCCAGAGUUCAGCAUGUCUUCUUUUAAUUGCAAAAGUGAUUCACAAAUAUGUUGUUCGUACAUCACUUCAGUGGUUCUCUAUCAGUAGGGAUUUGCCACAGGAUCCCUGGGCCUAUGCAUAGUAUUAGACCGUGUGUCUGUCUGUCUGUCUGUCUGUCUGUGUUUACCAAGCUUUUUCCUAUGUGUAGAAGAUCCUUUGCCAAUUUAUGUAUAAUUAAGUACAUCAAGAUUAAUCAUAAGUAGUAAUAGAAUAAAAUCAUUUUAACAAUAUACUUCAAAAAAUUCUGUGGAUGAGUUUUCGCCAUUCAUUCACAAAUAUUUUCUCAUCUUGUAGCAAUCAGAUCCUUCCUUUUUUUUUUUUUUUGCUUUUACUAGUUUCAUAUUUCUGUCAGUUUCUUUCAGGCAUACAGUGUAUCGUGAGCUGAGUAUACCCCCACUACCUUCUCUCAUCCCCCUCUCAUUCCUGGUGGCCUCUCCUACUGUCAUGGUCUGUGUGGUCCACAGCUGCCAUGUGCUCAUGACUUCAUCAAUCCUGUCACAUCUGGAUGACAGCAUUUUUUUAGUGCUCCUCCCCGUCCUCCAGGUCUUACAGUUCCGAGUACUGCCAGCCCUUUUCUGUGACAUCCCCUGGGCCUCAGGGUGGAUGGAAAGGAUGUCCCACUGAGAGCUGAGCACUAGGCAGCCCCUUGGUCUCAGCAUUCCAUCAGGUUCUGAGUCUCUGCUCUGACCAUCAUCCAGUGCCAGGCUCCCCUGACUAAGGCAGAGGACUGCACUGUUCCGUGUCAUUGUUCCUCUUACAGGGAGACAGACAUUAAAGAGGUGCCCAUGGCUUCCCAUGAAUUGCCAGCCGCCCUUGCAUCUAAGGAUAAUCAUGAAGUAAAAUAAGAUGUGAGUGCUUAAAGACACGCACACACACAUACACACACAGACAUGCAUGCACACAUGUACCCAUACAUACACACACAUACAAAUACACACACACAGACAUGCAUGCACACAUGUACCCAUACACUCACACACACACACACACACACACACACACACACACACACACACCACACGCAUUCGCACUCUCACACUGCAAUACUAUGAUAGUGUAUCUGAUGUGAAGAUUGUUAUUCACAACUGAUGGAUACACUGUACCAAGGAUGAUUUACAUUCUGGACUGGCCAGGAUGGCACUAUACUAUCAAGUUCCAUCAGGCCAGAGAGAGCAGCCUCAGUUUAAAACUUAGAUGCUGCUUACUUCUAGGGUUUCUGUGUUAACAUUUUCACAUUAUAGUUAACCAAAGACAACGGAAACCUCAAAAAAGAAAAUUAAUGACGAGAGCAAGAGAAAGGUUACCAUACGUGUAUAGAAGUGUAAAAUCCCGCCUUACUUCCUGCCCUGCAGUGCCAGCCUGUUACCUCUGCAGACAGAUGCACUGCCUGCAACACUGCCAAGUCUCUUCUUACUUUCUCUAUGCAUUCGUAGCCAGGGGACAGAUCGGUCGGUGAUAGAUCAAUAAUGUGACAGAUAAGUAAUAUAGGUACAUAGAUGAUAGGGUGAAGUUUGACUGGUUAGUAAUAAAGACAGGUCAACAGACAGACAGACAGACAGACAGACAAACAAUUUAUUAACAUGGCCAUCCACGUGUUAUUCCUUACCCCGCUUUCUCACUGAACCCUCUAUAUUUUGGUGUGUUAUUUGGUUUUGGUGGUGAAUAAAAUGUUCUAUCAGACCGGUUAUAACAAAUGUUUCACACACACCAUUUUUUUUCUAUAAAAACAAUACAUGCACUUGCACAUAGAGAUGUGAGAGUUUAGGGGCAAGAUAUUGAGAUGUGGCAUGAAAGGGAGGAACAGUGUCAGCCACGUUUAGUUUUCUCAGCUCCUUGGUCACCAACCCAAGGGGCUUCGUUGGCAUAUACUCCCUCUGUCCACAGCAGCGCCCACGUUCCCACACAUGUCCUUGCAUGUGACAUCAGCUCUUGCCAGUU